UCAAACAGUAACAUAAAGCUAAACAUCAAUUUUCAGAACAGAAAUACAGUGUACAAGAGAGAAAAGAACAAUUACACUUCAUUAAAACAUCUGCAAUGGACGACCAAGAUAACACCUUACAAUAUCUUAUUUCAGUAGAAAAAUUAGCUCAAGAAAUAUUAUCUGAUAAAAGAGAAAUUAUUUUAUUAGAUAAAAGAAGAAAUGAGAAUCGAGAAGCACUGCGCAAUUUAACAAAAUCUUCGGAAUCAAAAUGUUGGCUUACUGUGGGUUCAGUAAUUAUCAAGCAUGAUAUUGCUACAGCCAAGUCCCUUUUAGAAGCUGACCAAAACCAGUUGAAUAUUGACAUAAAUCAACUAAGAUCAGAGCUAAAGGUUAAGGUCAACAAUCUAAGGGAUUUAGAAAUGGAACCACCUGUCCCUGGUUUAAUGUUAGUUCCCAUGUCACAUAAAGAAAAUGAAGGCUUAACUAACGCAGGUCUUUUCAACUAAAAAAAUAAACCCAUUUUUAAUAUAUUUACAGCUUCUAUUAAAAGAUUAGAUGUUGAGAAUAAUGAAAAUAGGGUUUAUUAGUAUUAGCUACCCUACCUAUGUUUUGUUUUCACAAACGUUAGUUUAGUUUUAUCUGUAUAUAGUUA